CAGCGCCCGCACCGCCCACGCGCCGACCAGGCCGCCACGUCCACUCCAAGGAUCAGUGUUGAGGACGCCGCCCGCGUCGCCAUCUCCCCCUUCGAGGACUCCGUCGACGGCAUUAGCGGCAACCUGUUCGACGCCUACGUCAAGCGUAAGUAACCGUCGUCAGGCGAUUCUUGAGCUGUUGAUUGAUUCUUGGUCUGUUCUUGCGUCUUCUUGAUCUGUUCUUGCGUCUUCUUGAGCUGUUGAUUGAUUUGUUUUGGCGUGGAUGCAUCCUACUUCAUGGGCACGCGCCGGCCGGUGCGCAAGGGCGACCGCUUCGUGAUGCACGGCCACACGCACGCCGUGAAGAUCAAGGUCGUCGACACGGACCCUGACGAGUGUGUCAUCGUGGCAGCGGGCAUGCAGGUCUUCUGCGACGACGCCAACCCGGUCAAGCGGGAGGACGAGGAGAGGCUCGACGGCCCGGGCUACGACGACAUUGGCGGCGGCCGCAAGCAGCUCGCGCAGAUCCGGGAGCUGGUCGAGCUGCCGCUGCGCCACCGCAAGCUGUUCAGGACGCUGGGCGUGAAGCCACCCAAGGGGAUCCUGCUCUACGGCCCGCCCGGCACCGGCAAGACGCUGCUCGCGCGCGCCAUCGCGGCCGAGUCGGGCGCCAACUUCGUCGUCGUCAACGGGCCGGAGAUCAUGUCCAUGAUGGCCGACCAGAGCGAGGACAACCUGCGCAAGGUGUUCGCCCAGGCCCGGGCACCGUCCUUGAUCUUCAUGGACGAGAUCGACGCCAUCACGCCCAACCGUGAGAAGACGCACGGCGAGGUGGAGCGCCGCGUCGUGUCCCAGCUGUUCAUGCUCAUGGACGGCCUCCGCCCGCGCGCGCAGGUCAUGGUCAUCGGCGCUACCAACCGCCCCAACAGCCUCGACCUCGCGCUCCGGCGCUUCAGCCGCUUCGACAAGGAGAUCGAUAUCGGCGUGCCCGACGAGGUCGGCCGCCUCGAUAUCCUCCGCAUCCACUCCAAGGACAUGCCCCUCUCGGACGACGUCGACCUGGAGCGCAUCAGCAAGGACACGCACUGCUUCGUCGGCGCUGACCUCGCUGUGCUCUGCUCCGAGGCGGCCUUCCAGUGCAUCCGCCAGAAGAUGGACGUGAUCGACCUCGAGGCGGACACCAUCGACGUGGAGGUGCUCAACUCCAUGUCCGUGAUCAUGGACGACCUGGUGCACGCCAAGGAGGUGACCAAGCCGUCGGCGCUGUGGGAGACGGGUCCGGUGGAGGUCCCCAAGGUGUCGUGGGCGGCCUGGAGGAUGUCAAGCGGGAGCUCCAGGAGACGGUGCAGUACCGUACCGGGUGGAGCACCCGGAGAUGUUCGAGCUCUUUGGCAUGGAGCCGUCACGGGACGUGAGCUCCUCGGCUGUGACGUCGCCGGGCGACGUGCUGCUUGUCACCUCGAUGUCCGCCAGGACGGUGUCGGCCUUGCGGUUGAUAUCCGCCGGCGGCGGUCCUUAGCCCACACCUUGAACGUGUCCCGCGGCAAUGGUGAUGCCUCCGCCCUGAUGCACACCACGGACGCGGGCAUGGAGGAGCGACUCAGCAGCCAGCCUCGGCUUAUUGGUGCUCUGCUGGUCGAACCUCUCCAUCGCCGCCUCGUAGGAGCAGGACCACUGACUAGCGGUGUUCUGGAUAAUUUACUAGCCACUGAAGUCCAACAUCUAGACGACAUAAGAAGAAAGGUAAUAAGCACUUCAUCUGCACCUACACGAUGCUACAACAUCUUGAAGCUCAUCAACAUCUUGGAGCUCAUCAACAUCUUGAGAUUAGAAAAAAAAAAAGAUGACCUGAAGAGCUCCAUGAAGUCAGCUGUGAUGUUGCAAUAUAAAAUAAUCAAUGACAGAGGUUUCGCUGCUCAUAUUCAAGUGCUUAAUAUUCAUGACUGUUAUAUAUUUUGGAGGUAA